GUAAGCUGCGUGGCAAAGUUCUUCGCUGCUUAACCCUUUAAUCCGAUGAUCAGCCUUGCCUUAAUCAAAGACGAAGCUUCACGGAAGGUACCCUAGCCAAGUCUUGUGUGGGAUUCGGGUAUAAAAGGUAAAAAUUUUAGGGUUUAGUGGGGGCCUUUUGAGAUCUCAGAUCUGAGAUUUUUGCGGGGAGCAUUCUGGAGGAGAACAGCGGACUAAAAAAGGAGGUCUUCCCAGAGAAAAAAGAAAAAAAAGGAGAAAGAAAUCGAUUGAGAGUGAAAGUGAGUUUUUUUUGGAGUCAGCUAGUGACAUGUAAUCGAACAUCCAGAAGCUUGAAUUGGAAGAAGAUUUCAUCUGUAAUCCCACUUUCAGAUUGCAAUACAAAAAGGAUUCUCGUUCAAUUUCAGGCUGUGCCGAUCCAUAUGAGAAUUUUUUCAUGGGAUCUAUUCAUUUCAAAGAUGUUGCCCUGGUAUAUAUUCUGGUGUACGAGAAUAAAUCAACUAGUGGAACGCACUUGAGUGCUGAAGCUGUUACUCAUUAUGGAGAUGGACAGGAAUUCUUAGUGAACAUAGAAGAUGUUAUGCUUGGACUAGAAUUUUUAGUUGAAGUUUCUUGUAAUAGCUGAGUUUAACUCUUUAUAAUGGGCAAACUAACAACGGGACGAUACCGUGGAAGUGCCAGCCUUAGCCGACUGACCAGGCAGACGGAUUUUGCAUUGCAGAGCCGGCUGGUGGGAGUGCGGCGGCUGGUGGUGUCUAGUAGUUUUGUCCUGAUGGCUGAAUCCAACGUGAAGGCUCUGACGGCAGCACUGGGAAAGCAAUUAUCUUUGACAGCAGAGGAAGAUGUUGGGCUUGAUUUGGAUGAUGGAAACUGUCAUGAACCUGAGGAAGGAACCUCAAAGUGGUGCAUUGUCGGUACAGUCUUGACCCGGAAGCGCUAUAAUAUGGAAGCGAUGGAGUCCAAACUAGCUGGGGUUUGGCGACCGGUAAAGGCGGGUCCUUGGCGCUUUGCUGAUCACGUCAUGGUCCUGAAAGAGACUCAGGGGGGGACGCUGGUGUCCAAGGAUGAACUUUUUGAGGUCCCUUUCUGGAUCCAAAUUCAUGGUCUACCUCCAAGUCGGAUAACUGAAGCAACAGGUAGAAGAAUUGGUGUCGAGCUUGGGCAUCUCCUUGAGGUUGAUACAGGGGACGGUCAUGUAUGGGGUUUGGAUUUUAUUCGUGUGAGAGUCCUCAUUGACUCAAGGAAGCCUUUGUGUCGAGGCAUGAAGCUUUCUCUAAAAGGUGAUAUGCUCUGGGUUUCUUUUUGUUAUGAACGCCUUCCGCAUUUUUGCUAUUGCUGUGGCAUGCUGGACCAUGUUGAACGAGAAUGUGAGCUGGGUCUGGAAAUGGAACGUAUGGGAGUAAUAGAGCGUUCUUAUGAUGACAAGCUCUGGGUGGUAUCGAAGCCCCAAAGUGACAACCCAUCAAAGGCUAGAUCCUUGAAGAGGGAAGCUAGGGAACGGUGCCACCGGGGCCCACAUCCAUCACCUUCUUCGGGGCAAAUUAAAAGGAAGGAAAAGCAAUUCCAAACCAUUGUGGCUGAGGAACUCGAAGGUCUGAAGCGGGUAAAGGGCACUAAUGAUGUAGGGGACGCUGUAAUCUUAUUGGCGGGUAUUGCUAUGCAGGCCCGCCAGUCAUCAUGAGUCUCUUCUGUUUGAACUACCGAGGGCUUGGGAACCCUCGUGCAGUUCGAUGCCUCAUCGAAUUGGUGGGGUUAAAGCAACUUGCAGUAGUGUUCUUAUGUGAGACUCUAUUGGAUAAAAGGGGUAUGGAGAA